UAUAUACAGUGUGCGGCUUCAACGAUCAAACAUUCACAAGAACAACAAAACUACACCAAGCAUAGUAAAAAUGAAACUUUUCGCCGCCGUUGCUCUCAUCGCCACUUUGGCUUUCGUCUCCGCUGAUGUCUCCCACCUGGGUUAUGGUUACGAUCAACCCGCUGCUAGCGCACCAUCAAACCAAUACAUCCCACCUGCAGCUAAUGCUCCUGAACCAGCUUACGCUCCAGCACCUGCACCAGCUCCUGCUCCAGUAUACCAACCUGCGCCAUCAGCUCCUGUCUCAUCCUACAUUCCACCCGCAGCCAACGCACCUGAACCAGCCUAUGCUCCAGCCCCCGCUCCAGCUCCAGCUCCAGUCUACCAACCCGCACCUUCGGCUCCAGUUUCAUCCUACAUCCCACCUGCACCACAACCCGCUGCCUCUGAAGUCUAUGAGCAACACGCUCAAGAUGGUUACAGAUACCGCACUGUCCGUCGUCGUGUCUACAAACAACGUCGCUUCUAAGCUCGUUUAUUAAGAUUCCUGAGUAGUCAUUUUAUUUGACUCAUCAGACUUGUGCUAUUGAUUGUUGUUCCUCUUGUGUUAAUGCUAAAAUAAAAAUUAUAUUUUACUGAAAA